UGGGCGUGAAGGGGAAAUGGCUGAACUGAGGUUACCAAGAACAUUCAUAACUAAAAUGGGAUUUGAACUCAGGACUGCCAUGAUGAAAGCCAAUGCCUUAUGUAUUGGACUACGCUGGCUCUCACACUGAGGCCAACCAUGGCUGGAGAUUCUAGAAUCUUCAUGAACCAGGACAUGGAAAUUGCCGUCACUCCAAGAGAGCUCAAGAAGAUUCCCAAACAAGCCCGAGAUGACAUCCCGAUUGCCACUGAUCGGACACGCCUUUUGGCUGCAGAAAUCAAGAAACCGCGACAGCGCUACAUGCAAAAAAGUGGCAAGUGCAACGUCCAUCAUGGAAAUGUCCACGAAACCUACCGCUAUCUUAGUGACCUUUUUACUACACUGGUGGACCUCAAAUGGCGUUUCAACCUUCUUGUAUUCACCAUGGUUUACACUAUCACUUGGUUGUUUUUUGGCUUCAUUUGGUGGCUCAUUGCUUACAUUCGAGGAGAUCUGGACCAUGUAGGAGAAAAGGAUUGGAUCCCUUGCGUUGACAACCUCAGCGGGUUUGUCUCAGCAUUUCUGUUUUCCAUUGAGACUGAAACCACCAUUGGGUAUGGCCAUAGGGUUAUCACUGAAAAAUGCCCUGAAGGCAUCAUCUUGCUUUUGGUUCAGGCCAUACUGGGAUCCAUAGUCAAUGCAUUCAUGGUAGGGUGCAUGUUUGUGAAGAUCAGCCAACCAAAGAAGAGAGCAGAGACCCUCAUGUUUUCCAACAAUGCUGUGAUUUCCAUGAGGGAUGAGAAGUUGUGUCUUAUGUUUCGGGUUGGGGACUUGCGGAAUUCCCACAUUGUUGAGGCUUCCAUUAGGGCCAAGCUGAUCAAAUCCAAACAGACCAAAGAAGGGGAAUUCAUCCCCUUGAACCAAACAGACAUCAAUGUGGGCUUUGACACUGGGGAUGACCGCCUGUUUCUGGUGUCGCCGCUCAUCAUCUCUCAUGAAAUCAACGAGAAGAGUCCCUUCUGGGAGAUGUCCCGUGCCCAGCUGGAGAAAGAAGAGUUUGAAAUCGUGGUGAUUUUGGAGGGGAUGGUGGAAGCAACUGGAAUGACUUGCCAGGCACGGAGUUCCUACAUGGACACAGAAGUGCUUUGGGGCCACCGUUUCACCCCCGUUCUCACCCUGGAGAAGGACUUCUACGAAGUUGACUACAACAGCUUCCACAGCACCUAUGAAACCAACACCCCUGCGUGCUGUGCCAAAGAACUGGCCGAAUCUUUCCAGGAGGGACGUCUCCUCAGCCACCUCUCCAGUGUCAACCUUCUGAGCGUAGGGGAAGCAGAUAAGGCCAAAGAGGAAGAUGGAGGCGAUCAGGAAGAAGAGAAGGAGGAGACUAAAGGUGAAGGCCAAGAGCUGGCGGAGUUGAAUGGAUCCAACGGGACAGUGGGAGAGGUGAAAGAGAGGGUGUCCUUAUAACACAGAAGCGAGCCAAACUAUAGACAAUUCAAGUGCACAAAACCUGCAGGAGGCACAAGGGAGAGUGGGAAACCAAAGGCAUAGAAGAUGAUGCUUUUGUUGCCAACUUAUUA